AGAAAACGAGCCAGAAUGCGAGUUAUUCAGAGAGGGAAGUGGUCCCACAGAGCAAAGGGGAUAUGAGAAGAGGACAUCCCAUCAUUGUUGCCAAGUGUUUUGGAUUAAGCCCUUCACUCCUGAGCAUGAUGAGGAGCUUAGCCCGCGUUAGAGCCGCUUCCUGUGGACCAGCAGAGAGUGGUCCUCCUGGGCUUCAGCAGAGGAUCUCUGGCUUGGAGAGGACACCAUGUCUGAUGAGGAGUUCCAUGUCAUCGUGACCACUGCUCUGUCCGGGACUCUGCUGGUGGCCAUCCUGGUUCUUCUAUGCUAUUUCACCUGCAGACUGGCGGGGUCGUUGCCCCUGGGCGGACCCGGGCGCUUCUGAGGCCCCGGCUGGCUCUUGUGGAUCAGCACCGCUGAAAAGGCGCCACGCCGCAGGACUCGGACUCAGACGUUGUGAGGUGACCUCUCCUGGUCGUCAGCCGCCCACAAACGCCGACAUGAUGCUGUGGGCUCUGCUGCUCGUCUGCUCCUGUCUCAGUCUGAGGAGCUCCGGCAAGCCGGCGUUUCCUGAACAAGAGAAAAAUCCGACGUUCUGGAACGAGUGGGCUCAGAAGACCCUGAAGGAGGCUUUGAGCAUGCAGGAGCUGAACAAGAACAAAGCAAAGAACCUCAUCCUCUUCCUUGGAGACGGGAUGGGCGUUCCCACGGUGACCGCUGCUCGGAUCCUGAAGGGUCAGCUGAGCGGACAGGGAGGAGAAGAAACCCAGCUGGAGAUGGACAAGUUCCCGUUUGUGUCCUUGGCCAAGACAUACAACACAAACGCUCAGGUACCUGACAGCGCGGGGACGGCCACAGCUUACCUGUGCGGGGUUAAAGCCAACGAAGGCACGGUGGGUGUGAGCGCAGCCGCCGUCCGCUCUCAGUGUGACACCACCAAGGGCAACGAGGUCACCUCCAUCCUGAGAUGGGCCAAAGACGCAGGAAAGUCGGUGGGAAUUGUGACGACAACACGCAUUAACCACGCCACUCCGAGCGCUGCCUAUGCCCACUGCGUGAACAGAGACUGGUACUCUGACAGCGACAUGCCGAUUGAAGCCCUGGAGGGCGGCUGCAAGGAUAUCGCCAGACAGCUCUUUGAGAACAUCCCCAACAUCGACGUGGCCAUGGGUGGAGGGAGGAAAUAUAUGUUCCCCAAAAACAUGUCGGAUGUGGAGUAUCCUGGUGUGGCCAAGUACAACGGCGUACGAAACGACGGGAGGAACUUAGUGCAGGAGUGGAUUGACAGGAUGAAAGACAAGGGAGGCCAUUAUGUGUGGAACAAGCAACAGCUUCUAUCCCUGAAUCCGAGGACGAUCAAUUACUUGCUGGGUCUUUUUGAGCCUAUAGAUCUGCCGUAUCACUUGGAGAGGGACACCAGCUCAGAUCCCUCAUUGACAGAGAUGGUUGAAGUCGCAAUCAAGGUACUACAGAAGAAUCCCAACGGCUUUUACCUGCUGGUAGAAGGGGGGCGCAUUGACCAUGGACACCACGAAGGCAAAGCCAAGCAGGCUCUUCAUGAGGCAGUGGAAAUGGACCGGGCCAUUGGCCUCGCCGACCUCCUGACCACCACCCAUGACACCCUGACAGUGGUCACUGCUGACCAUUCUCACGUCUUUACCUUCGGAGGCUACACCAAAAGGGGAAACUCAAUAUUUGGUCUUGCCCCCAUGGACAGUGACGUGGAUCACAAGCCUUUCACGUCCAUCUUGUAUGGAAACGGACCCGGUUACAAACUUGUGGGCGGUACCAGGGAGAACGUUUCCACCAUUAACUUUGAGGAAAACAACUACCAGGCCCAGUCAGCCGUCCCUUUGGCCUCAGAGACUCACGGGGGGGAGGACGUGGCUGUGUUUUCUAAGGGUCCGCUGGCUCACCUGCUGGGUGGAGUCCGCGAACAGAACUUCAUCCCGCACGUGAUGGCGUAUGCAGCCUGCAUCGGUAAAAACAAGGAUCACUGUCUGUCGGCGGGGACGACCGCCUUGAGGCCGGUUUUCUCCAGCAUGGCCGCCGUUCUGACAGUUUCUCUGCUUCUAUGCUGAUGAUCUGCUGUUAAACACGUAUAGCCUGACUGUAGCUGUCUCACAAAAGCAACAAGCCAUAUGGCCUAGAGCGUAGAGGUUUAAAUAAACCAUCCACAUUAUUUAAAAAGAUGUUUUUAAAACUAAAUAUGCAAUUGUUAUGAGGCAAGACUUUAUGAUUUUGUGGUUCAGAUUACUCAGAUCUCCAGGUUUGGCCCAAUGAUACAAAGAUGAGUAAAAGUGCUUCAUUUGUUUUAAGCAGACGUGGAUUCCUUAAGGUCAGAGAUGUUUUCUAUUUGAAUUCUGUUUUGUCCAUUUUUUAUUGUACUAAUAAGACACUUCCUUCAUCACACAGACAUGCACUGUGAUGUCUAACGGUUAAAAAAUAUUGGAUGCUUUUAAAGCCCCAUCCAAGUCAUAGAUGGUCUAUCUUUGAAAUCCUUAAUGAAACAGAGAAAGAAGUGUAACAAGGACAGACUUGUGACACCCCCACUUAGUUCUGGGGUUCUGCUUUUUGUUUAAAUGGGUUGUUGGAUAAAUGUUUUUUUUUCCUGGUCUGCAAACUUGAUUAUAAAAAAUGACAAAAAGACACACAAAGAUCCACAAACACAGCGAGGCCACACUCGGCCACAGAAAUGUGAUUCUCAUUUGAACAUAACACAACACAAAAAAAGUCAUUUCUGUAACAAGACCCACAUGCUUAUCUUAGCAAUGGCUAAACAAACCACAAACCAGGUUCAUGCUCAUAUCUUAGACUUGAACACAGAAAAAAAAAACUAUGCAGGAAGCACUAGAUUAAAAAUGUAAAUGUUUUUUCAUGUUAACUGCUGUGAAACAUGGGUUAUCUUUGCUUAAAUAGACUGAUUUUAAAAUAGAUGAAUUUGUUGUGCUUCAUUAGUUCAGUUUUUUAAAUCUACCUCGCAGUCGUCCUCACAGGAAUCUGUCUUUUCUCAAGACAGUUUGUUGCUAAAUUCAAUGGUGGAUUCACAUUUUCACAGAAACUAGUCGACGGAUUUUUAUUUGUUUUUGUACUUUUGAUUUUCAUAUCCAAUCUAGACGAUAAAGCCUGAUGUUUCACCACAAAGAAAUGUUAUUUCCUGUAAUCAAUAAAUGUUGGUUUUCUGAUCAUCCUCUCA